AUGUUGGCCCGUCCACGACUCCACCAUCGACUGGCCGCUGAACCCGUUGCUGAAGACGUACCAGAACUGCGUCAUGUAGAACACGAUGUUCUUGUAGAACGAGUACAGAAUCGCCAGCGACAGCCGCUGGUACGACCACGAGCCGUGCACGAGCAGCAGCUUCUUGAGGUACUUGAACUGGCCGAUCGCAAAGUCUGCGCUGCGUGCGGCCUGCAUGCCUUCCAUGCCGCUGAUGCCGACGCCGACGUGCGCGGCCUGGAUCAUCGACACGUCGUUGGCGCCGUCGCCGACCGCCAGCAGCAGCGCGCGCUUCUUGCGCUUCACGAGCCGCACCACCAGCGCCUUCUGCAACGGCGACACACGGCAGCAGAUCACCGCCUUGCACAGAACAGCGAUUUCCAGCAGCAGAUCCUCGAGAUCGGCCUCCAGAGCAAAGCCCAGCGACUUGCCGUCGAUCACCAGCGCCAGCGAGUUGAUGUCGUCCUGCGACAGCUGGUUGCUGCGCAGGAUCUCCACCUUGUCCAGUAG